CUAAAUUGUGUGGGGCCCACCUUGUUUUGCAUAUGCCAUCCACUCUUUUCAUAAGAUGUGCCCCACCAGGAUGAAUGGACACACUAAAAAAUUAGGUUGUUCCGAAGCUCGGUUGCCUACACCACCUGAUAUUGGAGGUUUUAGCCGUGAUUUUACAUGGUGCGGUCCACCUGAGUUUUGGAUUGGCCCGGUUUUUAGAUUCCAGGGAGAACAUAAAGAAGAUCACAUGAUGGACGGAUUGGAUAUCAUACAAACAUCACAGUGGGGGCCAUACACAAAAAUGUAGAAUAGCCUUAUUAUACAGUAGUCUACAGUAGUGGUAGAGGUAAGGCCGCAGAGUGAAUAUGUGGAUGUUAAAAUAUUUAAGGCGGGAUCAUGUUUUACUUAUCUAGGCCGUUGAUCUGAUGGGCACGACUGUGAAUGGGGCCCCCAAAAUCUCUCGGGUUGGAAAAUCUAACCAUUUGACCAUUGGAUUGCAGAUUGACGGUCAAGAAAUACUCAUGUUCAGCAUUGAAAGCGCCCAAUAUUUGGAUGGAUAGGAUCUUCGAAUCUGGAAGAUUUUUUGGGGAAUUCACGAAUGGUGAUGUGGCCCAUCGGAUCAACCAUCUGAACCACUAAACCAGCGACAUAUUCCCCAUCAAGCUAUCCACCUUCGAGGAUCUUGCUCACGGCCUUGAUUGAUCAUCCAAAAGUAUCAGGGUAUUGAUCAAACAGUUGGAAACACAGGAUCAGUCGACUUUCGGGCUACCAAACAAUCCAGACCGUCCAGAGCAAUUGGCUUGCUCACCAGUUGUGGGUGUAGAUGAUUGUACACCACAUUUCUGUCUACAAACCAAGUCCAGCGAUCUCGACUGGUGAUCUGAUGGGCCCCUUUUGGAUGGAUAAUGCUAUGAAAGUAUCCUCGGUGUGGCCCCUUUGAUUGACGGCUGGAAAUAGACAGUUAAUCGAGGAAAUAUAUAUAACAACGGUCCACAUUCAAUAGAAAAAGGCCACAAAAUGGAUAGCUAGAGUCUUCUGAUCUGCGAGAUUCAUAUCACACAAUCCAUCGUGGGGCCCAUCAAACCAAUGGUCUGAAUUGCUGAAACAAGCAUCCCUCUUGUGGAGGACAAGCCAUCUACCAGGGCUAGCAACUUGAGCCGAGCUGAUCCGAUCCCAGCCGUCAACUUAUUUUAUUUAUUUUUUGACAUUGAAAGCUCAAAGGACAGCUCUUCUCAAUAAAACCUCCCUUGGGCUGUUCUUCCCACUAUAAAAAGCAAGGAGACCUUGACCUCUAUUCAUAUGUAUAUAUAUAAAGGUUAGGAGGUCUUUGAUUCACCAGAUUUUGAGAGAGAGAGAGAGAGAGAGAGAGAGAGAGAGAGAGAGAGAUGGCUUGGUCUGCUGAGAAUGCCACCAGAGCCUACCUUCAAACCAUGAAAAUGGGAAAGAGACCCAAACAGCUUGACGUGUCGGAAUUUGCAUCCGCAUUAGCUGCCGGCAACAACGCACAGCUCAUGGUGGAGGCCUGCAGCGGCACUGCAGGCCCCACUACACUAGCUCUAGUCGCAGCGGCUCACCAGACAGGCGGUCGUGUAGUGUGCAUUCUACGUGGUCCCGACGAGCUAUGCUCGUCGAAAAAGGCACUCGGGACUGUCGCAAAUCAUAUAGAGUUCGUUGUGGGGGACGCUCAGAUACUCUUGUUGAAUGACUAUGCAGUUGCCGAUUUCAUGCUUAUUGAUUGUAAUAUGGUGGACCACGAAGCAGUCCUGCGGUCAGUGCAAGUGGGUGCAAAGGACCAUGGAGCAGUGGUCAUGGGCUACAACGCGUUCAAUAAAGGUUCUUGUAGUGGGUCGCGGACCGUUCUGUUACCGAUUGGGGGUGGAUUGCAAGUUACCAGAAUCCAGGCCGGCGGUCAGAUCCGUGGUGGAGGUGCAAGGAAGAGCCGUUGGGUGGUUAGAGUAGAUCAAUGCACAGGAGAAGAACAUGUGUUCAGGGUCAUACCAUCCCAUAGGAAAGAACUUAGAGCUUGAAAUUAGGCCUUUUCAAUGGCCUUUUGUUUCUUUUGUAACCUGGCUAACUUCUAACUGAUAAGCAAUAGCAAAACUGUAAUCCAGUACUAAUUUUUUUCUUAAACCUUAUUAUGGAGAACCAACUAUCGAUAAAGACCGUAGGAUAGGGGGCCACCAUAGAUCGCAUGACCCAAAAAUUACCAUGAUCAGAUAAUCAAAGCCAUACGAUUGAGGGCAUUGCGAGAAGUUAAAAAUGGUCUUACCAUCCAUUUUACGGGCCCUUAUUUGAACCGGUGUGAUUAUCCAAUCAAGGGUGAUAUUAGUUCCAUUGGAUGAACAUGAUCGUAAGGGGGCCCAUUUGGGCCCUACCGUAUAAAUUCACUGUAAUAAGGUAUAGAGCAUUGGUACUGGGUAAGAGUUUGGGAUUGGGAGAAGAAACGAGAGAAAAUGCUUUGCGAAAUUGAGUUAAUGCCACUCAAAGAGGGUAUGUUUUGUAAAUGACUAACGGUCGCGCAUGGCCCAUCCAUCUCUUUUGUAUUUUGAUGGGAAUGCGUUUUGUAUUAUGAGUUGAGAAUGUGUUGUGAUGUGUAUAACAAGAUUAAUGCAAUCUUUUCCUUUGAUUUGCUAAGCUUCUUUGAGAAAA